CUUCUUUGGCGCUCCGGCGGCGGUCACACUGGUCGAGAAUCGGGCAAAUAAUAAAAUAAAAGGCACCGAGCAACAAUAAUAAAAAUAAAGGCAGGCGAUUCGAUAACCGAGCACGAAAACAAGGGGCACAUAGUAUAAACAGCCACCAGAUUCGAGUACACGUCGGUGGCGAGCAGGCAAACAAGGCGGCUGUGCGGGGAGGUGCGGAUAUCCAGAUCCUUCAAUCCGGAGCGGAGCUGUGCUGUGCUGUGUGUGCUUGUGUGUCGCCGUAGGCGUGCUUCUGCAGCUGAAUCUGCACCUGUGUCCGUCACAAUGGGCGCCUGUGUGUGUCGCAUGAACCCCGACAACGAGACGAUGAGCGUCUCCUCGGCGAGUAUCUCGCGUCCGGCUAGUGCAGGCAUUGCCAUGGGCGCGGCACGCAAGAACCGCCCGCUCUGCCACGAGACCAUCCGCUGGCGCUCCGACGUCCCGCUGACCGAGGGCCAGCUGCGGUCCAAGCGGGACGAGUUCUGGGACACCGCGCCUGCCUUCGAUGGACGCAAGGAGAUCUGGGAUGCAUUGCGGGCGGCCACCAAUGCGGCCGAGGGCCUCGACUUCCAGAUGGCCCAGGCCAUCCUCGACGGGGCCAAUAUCUCUGUGCCGAACGGCUACCUAACAGAGUGCUACGAUGAGCUGGGCACACAGUACAAGGUGCCCAUUUACUGUCUGUCAUAUCCCAUCAAUAUCGUUAAGGAGGAGAACGGACGCGACUCCCCUGCCGAAUACUCUGAGCCAGUGGAUGGCGGCACUGAGAUAUUCCUGAAGCUGCGCAUAUCAUCGACCAUGACUGAUGUUAAACUGCCGGUGUACUCCAAGGAUACGGUGGGUCAGUGCAAGAAGAAGCUUCAGGCCGCAGAGAAUGUAGACGCCUGCUGCCAGAGAUGGUUCUACAGCGGCAAGCUACUGGGUGACAAGGUGCCCAUCGACGAGUGCAGCAUACACCAGGGAUAUGUGGUGCAGGUGAUUGUGAACACCGAGCACUACAACCACGACAACAGCACGAGUACGGCGCACGCGCUUGCAAGCUAGCGGCGCAGGCAGCUCCAACUAGUCAACAGCAGCGGCAGGAACAGCAAAAAGCCACGACAGCAGCAACAACAACAACAAUGGGCCAAAGCGAACAGAGGCAUUUCGGCGAGGAGGAAUGCCAUAUACUCAGUUCACAGCACAAGGAACCUUAGGGGGAAUGUACAGCACAAGCGGGAGCAACAGCAACAGUAUACUCAUUGCAUUUAUCAAAAUAAGCAACAAUUGCAAAUUGUUGUUCUGUCUGCCUUGUUGUUGUUGCUGUUGUUGUGGCUGCUCGCCUUGUUAUGCUUUGUGUAAUAUAUACCUAUAUAUAAACGAAAUUAAACAAAAGAUGGAAAGUUGCUGAGUAAGAGGGAAAUCGGAAUGGGAAAUGAUUAUAAGAUACAUAAAUUAUAAACCUAAAUAUAUUUUUUUGAUAAUAAUUCAAAAGAUUUAAGAAGUCUACAAAACAUAUACUUCAAACAUAUAUGAGAUCAGCAGACAACCGCAAUCUGCUCGGGGAAAAUCCCCGAUUGAAAACCCAAAAGAAAUAUGUACAUUUUUAUAAAGAGCGAAAUGAAGGGCAAAUCUAUUAACUAAUUGUAAGCAAGUGUUAAAGCAUUUGCCUAAUGCUAAGAUGUAAUGUAAAAAUAAACAAGAACUGUAGUAUUCGGCCGCAAUAGAAAGCAUGUAA